CGGUGCGCGUUUCCGACUGAUGAGCAGUCGGGCGAGCCAGCAGUCGUCCUCUUUGUGCGCGAGACUCUUCGCGAUAAGUAUCUCACGACGGUCGUGGCCGCCGUCGUGUUCCACGCGCGAGUGUUGGGGGUGAGUCGCCGGGGUGGUCGCGUGGGAGCGUCGCGCCGUCGCGACGCGUCGCGCCGCGGCGACAGUGACAGCUCCGGUGGAGCACCUGACGAGAGGGUGUGGGCCCGCGACGCGGACGAUCACAGCGGGGACCUUAGUGGGAGAGCUCGGAGUCGGACUUCUCGGACACUGAGGACUCAAAUGAGCUAGAGGCCAACGUGGGCCCCGAGAUCACGAUGGACACUAUAGAUAGUGUCAAUAAACGGCAAGCUACUCGUGUUUUCAAAAAAUCCAGUCUUAAUGGCAAGAUCACGGUUUAUCUUGGCAAGAGAGAUUUCGUCGAUCACAUCACACAUGUUGAUCCUAUUGACGGGGUCGUCCUGAUCGAUCCUGACUACAUAAAAGAUAGAAAAGUGUUCGGUCACGUUCUUGCGGCGUUUAAGUACGGCAGAGAGGAUCUGGAUGUUCUCGGACUGACCUUCCGUAAAGACCUCUAUCUAGCGGCCGAACAGAUUUACCCGGUGCUGCAAGGAACUCAGCCCCCUAGGGAACUGACGCGAUUACAAGAGAGGUUGAUCAAGAAACUCGGCAGCAAUGCGUAUCCCUUUUACUUCGAGUUACCACCCCACUGCCCCGCUUCGGUUACUCUGCAACCGGCGCCAGGUGAUACCGGCAAACCCUGCGGUGUCGAUUACGAACUGAAAGCGUUCGUAGGUGAGACGCAAGAUGAUAAACCACACAAACGAAGCUGCGUGAGGCUGGCGAUCAGGAAAAUUAUGUACGCGCCGUCGAAACAAGGCGAGCAGCCUUCGGUGGAGGUCAGCAAAGAAUUCAUGAUGUCCCCGAACAAGCUACACCUGGAAGCCUCCCUCGAUAAGGAGCUCUAUCACCAUGGCGAAAACAUAGCUGUGAACGUGCACAUAGCGAACAAUAGCAACCGGACUGUGAAAAAGAUAAAAGUGUCGGUUAGGCAGUUUGCGGACAUCUGCCUGUUCUCCACGGCGCAAUACAAGUGCACUGUCGCCGAGGCCGAGAGCGAGGAGGGAUGCCCGGUGGGUCCGGGUUUCACGCUGAGCAAGGUGUUCACCUUGACACCCCUUCUGGCCAACAACAAAGAUAAAUGGGGGCUCGCCCUCGACGGCCAACUCAAACACGAGGACACCAAUUUGGCGUCCAGCACCCUUGUGGUUGAUCCGGCGCAGCGUGAAAACCUCGGCAUAAUUGUCCAGUACAAAGUUAAAGUCAAACUCUGCCUCGGAGCUCUAGGAGGCGAAUUAGUCGCGGAACUGCCCUUCAUUCUGAUGCAUCCGAAACCGGAAGAAGAGGAACCAGUGCCGUCCACAGCUCGACCAAGCCCUACGCACAAAACUGACAGCGGGGAAGUAUCGCUCGACACAAACCUUAUUCAAUUGGAUACGGAGGCAGACGGCGACGAUGAUAUAAUCUUCGAGGAUUUUGCUCGUUUGAGGUUGAAAGGCGAAACAGAAGCUUGACCGUGUUCCGCCGACACCUUGACACGUAUCGAUCAAGUGACUUUGACGCCGCCAUGCCGCACGCAAGACGGAAGUUGCACAAUUUCGCCAAUGAUGCCAAUAGUAGCUAUGUCGCAGCAACAAACUUAAACGACGUUAAUGUUCAAACGACGUUAUUGUUUGUUGCUGCGGCAUCAUCGCUAUCCUCGAGCGCAAAGUGUCGGUUGAACGGUGUUCCACCGUUUUGGCACGUAUUAAAAUUUAUCGCAGGAAUACUUUAAUGACAAAGACAAAAAUUAUUAAAAAGUACACACAAAUUGUAUAAGAAAGAACUUCUGCUCAUAGUUUUUUUGUGCAAUUUCGAAUUUUUACGUAGGCUAAAAAAAUUAUGAAAAAUUCAAAAUAAAACACGAUCUCGAGAAAUUUCUUCUUCAGUCGUCAUUUUUACUGAUUAUUGAAAGUAAUGGAAAAUACAUAAGAAGUUGAAGUUUCUCAGUGGUUUCUUUCAAACUGUUCGACAAUUUUUUGUUUGUUUCUUUUUUAAGCUCUAGCCUACACAUAUUGUUGAUGAAACAAUUAACAAAAUAAUUAAAUAACUGAUAAAGCCAUUUUUGUGGCACAUGUUUAUGAUUCUUUAUGAUUUUGACUUGUGGGGAAAACGCGACGGAUAUUGUAGUUGACGUUCACGAAUUUUUCAUCAAUGCCGUCGCCAUUUUAUGCUCUGGCUCUGAAGACUGAUUUUAGGAAGGACAUCCAAGAAUCUAGCCAAUGACGUAUUUAUUGUAAAAUCCUUAACAAUAAAAAAAAGCAAAUGCAAUAUGUAUGAAAAA